GUCAGGGUAACACAACGGCUGCUUCCAGGCUGUUAGUCUUCAACUAUGUGCAGAAAUAUAGCCUGCAAUGCUUUUCCAGGGAACAGCCUUUAAGAGCUGGAAGAUGAAAGCUCCGAUUCCGCAUUUGAUUCUCUUAUAUGCUACUUUUACUCAGAGUUUGAAGGUUGUGACCAAAAGAGGCUCUGCUGAUGGAUGCACUGAUUGGUCUGUCGACAUCAAGAAAUACCAAGUUUUGGUGGGAGAGCCUGUUCGAAUCAAAUGUGCACUCUUUUAUGGUUAUAUCAGAGCAAAUUACUCCCUUGCCCAAAGUGCUGGACUCAGUUUGAUGUGGUACAAAAGCUCUGGUCCUGGAGACUUUGAAGAGCCAAUAGCUUUUGAUGGAAGUAGAAUGAGCAAGGAAGAAGACUCCAUUUGGUUCCGACCAACAUUGCUGCAGGACAGUGGUCUUUAUGCCUGUGUCAUCAGAAACUCCACUUACUGUAUGAAAGUAUCCAUCUCACUGACAGUGGGCGAAAAUGACACUGGACUCUGCUACAAUUCCAAAAUGAAGUACUUUGAAAAAGCUGAACUUAGCAAAAGCAAGGAAAUCUCAUGCCGUGACAUAGAGGAUUUUUUACUACCAACCAGAGAACCUGAAAUCCUUUGGUAUAAGGAAUGUAGGACAAAAAUCUGGAGGCCAAGUAUUGUAUUCAAAAGAGAUACCUUGCUUAUAAAAGAAGUCAGAGAAGAUGACAUUGGAAAUUAUACCUGUGAAUUAAAAUAUGGAGGCUUUGUUGUGAGAAGAACUACUGAAUUAACUGUUACAGCUCCUCUGACUGAUAAGCCACCCAAGCUUUUGUAUCCUAUGGAAAGUAAACUGACAAUUCAGGAGACCCAGCUGGGUGACUCAGCUAAUCUAACAUGCAGAGCUUUCUUUGGGUACAGUGGAGAUGUCAGUCCUUUAAUUUACUGGAUGAAAGGAGAGAAGUUUAUUGAAGAUCUGGAUGAAAAUCGAGUUUGGGAAAGUGACAUUAGAAUUCUUAAGGAGCAUCUUGGGGAACAAGAAGUUUCUAUCUCAUUAAUUGUGGAUUCUGUGGAAGAGGGUGACUUGGGAAAUUACUCCUGUUAUGUUGAAAAUGGAAAUGGGCGUCGCCAUGCCAGCGUUCUCCUUCAUAAACGGGAGCUAAUGUACACAGUUGAACUUGCUGGAGGGCUUGGUGCUAUUCUCUUGCUACUUGUUUGUUUGGUGACCAUCUAUAAAUGUUACAAGAUAGAAAUCAUGCUCUUCUACAGGAAUCAUUUUGGAGCUGAGGAGCUAGAUGGAGACAAUAAAGAUUAUGAUGCCUACCUAUCAUAUACCAAAGUGGAUCCUGACCAGUGGAAUCAAGAAACUGGGGAAGAAGAACGUUUUGCCCUUGAAAUUCUACCUGAUAUGCUUGAAAAACAUUAUGGAUAUAAGUUGUUUAUACCAGAUAGAGAUUUAAUCCCAACUGGAACAUAUAUUGAAGAUGUGGCAAGAUGUGUAGAUCAAAGCAAGCGGCUGAUCAUUGUCAUGACCCCAAAUUAUGUAGUUAGAAGGGGCUGGAGCAUCUUUGAAUUGGAGACCAGACUUCGAAACAUGCUUGUGACUGGAGAAAUUAAAGUGAUACUAAUUGAAUGCAGUGAGCUCCGAGGAAUUAUGAACUACCAGGAGGUGGAGGCCCUCAAGCACACCAUCAAGCUCCUGACAGUUAUUAAAUGGCAUGGACCAAAAUGCAACAAGUUGAACUCUAAGUUCUGGAAGCGUUUACAGUAUGAAAUGCCUUUUAAGAGGAUAGAACCCAUUACACAUGAGCAGGCUUUAGAUGUCAGUGAGCAGGGGCCUUUUGGGGAGCUGCAGACUGUCUCGGCCAUUUCCAUGGCUGCGGCCACUUCCACAGCUCUAGCCACUGCCCAUCCAGAUCUCCGUUCUACCUUUCACAACACGUACCAUUCACAAAUGCGUCAGAAACACUACUACCGAAGCUAUGAGUACGACGUACCUCCUACUGGCACCCUGCCUCUUACCUCCAUAGGAAAUCAGCAUACCUACUGUAACAUCCCUAUGACACUCAUCAACGGGCAGCGGCCACAGACAAAAUCAAGCAGGGAGCAGAAUCCAGAUGAGGCCCACACAAACAGUGCCAUCCUGCCGCUGUUGCCAAGGGAGACCAGUAUAUCCAGUGUAAUUUGGUGACAGAAAAGCAAGGGACAUCCUGUCCCUGGGAGUUUGAGUGGAAUCUGCAGUCCAGUGCCUGGAACUAAAUCCUCGACUGCUGCUGUUAAAAACAUGCAUUACAAUCUCUAGAACACGAGGAAAAACAGGGUCUUGUACAUA